UAAAACACCCGGGUCCCGGACCCACCUCCAACUGUUAAAAUUACGAAAGUUGGACAAUGGACAUUCGUUGCGUCGCCUGCGUAUUUGUACACAAACAUUUGAUUAUUUGACCAUAUAGAUGGAAAAACGUUUCAGGUUUAUCCUCAUUACCAAAUUAUUCAAUCUGUGCUUGAUACAUCGUCAAAGUAGACUAAAUAAUGUCGGAAACAUCGGUUUCAGAUAAAUUAGACAAUGAUCAGUCUCGCGCGCCAACAGAAAACGAAGAAAUCAACAACAACACUCCAAAAAGCAACAUUGAGGAGUCUUUGGAAAUUUCACAAACCACAUUUGACAAGAAAAAAGAGGUUUCAGACUCAAACGCUAAUGCUAACACCUCUGAAAACAGCAAACCAGAUGUAGCUUCUAAUGAUGGGGAAGGAGAACAGCCAAAACCAAAGACAGAUACUGAUUUAUCAAACACUGCUAACGUUAGUCUGCGGCCUGUAACCGUUAAGAGCUCCGCCUCAUCUGAAGCUGCCCCAAAGGUCAUAGCAGGCCCUGCACAGGUCAGAUCCACCACACCAGUGGUUAUAGGGGCCAGGGUGGUGACAUCUAAUGUUCAGGGACCCGGGGCCACCAGUUUGGCACUGGCUCCUCAGCCUGGAAGGGUCUCUGUUAGCUCUGUAGCCAUAAGCCAGCCCAGGGUCACCACACUGACCACAGCCAAAGGGGCAGUCUUGACAUUGCCAAGGAUUUCCACCCCAUCACAAAGUGUACCAAUGACACGCACCCCUCAGACUGUGCCACUGCAGCUGCCUGCCAACUUCCAGGUACCACAAGGAAUGGUGUUAAUCCGCAGUGACAGCGGGCAGUUGAUGUUGGUAUCUCAGCAGGCUCUGGCCCAGGCUCAGGGAAUGCUGCCAAAACCAGCCAGUGCCAAUGCCUCUGCUAUAGUUAGACCCCCAUCCUCACAGGCAACUGUAACCACUACACCAAUCAUCAGAGUUUCUUUUCCACCUUCCAGUGCAUCAGCUACUACCAAUAUUAAACUUAACCCCACUACAGGGACUGCCGUUCAGAAACCACCCUCCGCUACAGGAACUGCAAUUUUCACGCCAUCAUGUACAGCAGGAGCUACCAUCAUUAAACCAGCCGGUGUUAUAAGGACGGCUAUCAGGAAGCCCAGUUCUACCAUGGGGCCUGUUAUCAAAGCCAGUCAAAUGACUCCAAACAGCAGCACACCGGGGACCUUUAACCAGAGGACUAAUUCUGUCACUGCAACUACCAUAAUUAAUACCUCUGCUGUAAAGUCUGGUGGCAAGGGUGCUCUCUCCACCCAGGGUAAUGCCCCACGUAUGACGUCCCCUAAUGUACCAGCCAGAUCCAGCACGAACACAUCAUCAACCCCAGUCACUGUUACAGCUGAGACCUUGGAGAAUGUGAAGAAGUGUAAAAACUUUCUGGUCACUCUUAUGAAGCUGGCAUCGAGUGGCACACGCUCGGCCAACAUGGCUCAGAACGUCAAAGCUCUUGUCAAAGCCCUGCUGGAUGGGAAACUAGAGGCAGAGGAGUUUACUGAAAAACUCUACAUGGAGCUCAAGUCAUCCCCUCAGCCAUAUCUAGUGCCUUUCCUGAAGAGGAGCCUGCCAGCUGUCCGUCAGCUCACCCCAAACUCGCAGCUCUUCAUUCAGCAGUGCGACCAACUCAAGCCCUCAGAUUCGACACCAACCAAGGCCGCAAACCAGAAGUCCACUGCGUCUCUCAGCUCCUCCCUCAAGCCCAACCAGCCAACCAGAAUGGCUCAGCUGGUGAUCCAGCAACCUAAAGGAGUAAUCGUCAAACAGUCUUUGACGUCAGCUCAGACAAGUUUACCUGCACUGAACCAAACUCAACCCAAACAGAUGCUCAUUCAAACCAAUGCUAACGCAGCAGGUGCUGUUCGGCGGCAGUCCAUCCUUCAGGCAUCUAAAACACACUUUUCCCAACCACUCCUUCCAGCGCAACCACACGGCUUCAAGGACAGCACCUCGGGCUCUUUCCGAGAUGAUGAUGACAUUAAUGAUGUGGCUUCCAUGGCCGGCGUGAACCUGAGUGAGGAGAAUGCUCGUAUUUUGGCCUCUGGCUCCGAGCUUGUGGGAUCAGUGAUCCGCUCCUGUCAAGAGGAGCCCUUUUUAUUCCCAUCAGCCCUUCAGUCACGAGUGCUGCAGAUAGGUGGAUCUUUGAGCAUCACAGAGGUCUGUCCUGAUGUCCUUGAACUGCUCUCUCUUGCUACACAAGAGAGGCUUCGGGACCUGCUGGAGAAGAUAACCAUUGUAGCACAGCAUCGACAGAUUUCUUAUAAGUCUCAAAUGUGUGUCUCGUCGUACUCUAAUGUUUCCUGUGGUGAGGAUGAUUGGCGUUACAGUCAGACCAAUGACACGCGCUCUCAGCUGAAGUUCCUGGAGCAGCUGGAAAGACUGGAGAAACAGAGGAGGGAGGAAGAGGAGCGAGAAGCCCUGCUCCGCAUUGCCCGGAGUCGCUCAAACAGUGAAGACCCAGAGCAACAGCGUCUGAAACAGCGAGCCAAAGAGAUGCAGCAGUUGGAGUUGGCACAGAUGGAGCACAGAGAUGCAAAUUUGGCAGCGCUGGCAGCCCUGGGGCCACGUAAGAGGAAAUCUCUGGAGGCUCCCGGCUCAGGGGCCAACCAGUUGUUAGGUUCAUGUGGGCAGUUUGCUACUCGAGCACCGGUUCGAAUCACUUUGAGAGAUCUGACCUUCUGCAUGGAGCAAGACCCCACAUUCAGACACACUCUCAUGCUGUAUAGAGCAUUUCUAGGCUAGAUAACCACACAAACACAACUUCUGAGUUUUGUUCUGUGUUUGGGAAAAGUUCUUUAGAUUACAUAGUACUUUACCAUGGUUCAAAAUGAAACCGUUUUUGUUAUAUUUCUGUGUUCCUAUCCUUGUUUUGAUGACUGAAUAAACUGUUUGUAUAGAUUGACUAGUAAGUCAGCACAAAAUAAUAAAUUUAACACUAUUAGCAGCAA